AUGACUAGGGUUCUUAUCAAGAACGUAUGCGUUUUUGAUGGCAAGGUCAUUCAAAAUGCUGGAAACUUUUUGUUUACCAGGUCGGCUGGCAAUAUCCAAGACCCGACCAUGGAUGACUCCCAAAUUGAGAAUCCAGAUCAUGUUAUCGACGGCCGUGGCUGUACAUUGAUUCCCGGCUUGAUCGACGUCUACGUGAACAUCAAGGGUAUCAAUACGGCGCUGGAUACCUUCGCGAGCCAUGGCGUGACCACCGUCAUCGAUCUCAGCAGCAACAAUGAGCAAUGUCAAUCUCUUCGCGUAUACGCCGCUGGCAAGACGAAAUUGCCUACUAUACUUUCUUCCGGUACAGAAGCAGUACCAAUGGAGACCCAUCGACCGGCUCUUCGCAGUAACUCAGAUACGGUGGAGAUUCGCACGCGUGGCGAUGCAGUAGCUUUUGUCUCGGCCAAGUCGAGUGGCCCAGACCGCGCGGAUUUGGUUAAAGUUGCCGUCAGUCUGCAUUCGCACAGCGAUGGAAUACUCAAAACCAUUGUAGACGUCGCUCACGCCUACGACAAGUUGACCGUGGCCCGUACUACUGGCAAAGCGUCUUACGAACGUGGCAUGAGGGCCGGUUUCGAUAUCUUUGCCCAUGCUCCUCUUGACGCACCCAUCAAUGCGGCGAUGGCUGGAGAAAUGGCUUCACAGGGCAAAAUAUUCAUUCCGACGUUGACCAUGGCAAAGAAACAAGUGCCAUCGGAACAAUCAUCCUUUGAUUACCCCGGAUUGACCGCUAGCCGAAGCCAAGACCCUACUUCCGCCACAAAUAUCAGGGAAUUCGAGAGCAGUGAUGUAGCUCCAGGAGCCACGGUCGGGAACAACUAUGAAAACGCGACAGAAAGCGUGCGAACACUCCAUGAAGCUGGCGUUACGAUUUGCGCGGGUACAACAGCGAAUGUUGUUCCAGGGGCCCAGGUACCAUUUGGCGAGAGUCUUCAUGAGGAAUUAUGCUUGCUCGUCGAGGCUGGCAUGCCAACCCUGGACGUUCUACGCUCUGCGACCUGCGUGGCUUCCAAGGCGUUCAGGCUUGGCGAUCGAGGUAUGCUUCGAAGUGGUUUUAGAUCCGACCUUGUUGAAGGUAAUCCCUUGGAAGACAUCAGUGUCACCCGAAAGCUUCAGGGAGUAUGGAUCCAGGGUGAAUGUAUCUGCACACGCCAAACCUCAGCCUAA